GCAACAUCAACCAGAAACGAAACUGAGCGAGCUCAUUUCUCGGAAAUCAGCUGACCGGCCACACCCCCGAGCUCGAUGUUUGCUGCAGCCCUGGGCUCCUCAGAGCACAACAGACACCGGAGCUUGAUGCGAGGUGCCUCGGUCCAGCGGUACCGGGAUUAGAGCAGACUCAUCGCAGCUCUCGCUCCCGUCCGGACAGCCAUGGGUAAAAGUGUAGCCACCGUUGCAAUCAUCACUCUACUCAUCAUUGGAUGCACAAUUGAAGGAGCAGCAGCAAAGGAUCACAAAUCUGAGGGGGAUAAUGGGAGUGUCAUUGGAACUGUCAUUGGAGCCACAGUGGGAGCAGGACUGGCCCUGGUUGGCCUCCCGGUGUGCCUCGGCGCGCUGGGGUUCACCGGGGCCGGCAUCGCCGCUGGCUCCGUCGCUGCCAAGAUGAUGUCGGCAGCUGCCAUCGCCAACGGCGGCGGAGUGGCUGCUGGCAGCACCGUGGCCGUGCUGCAGUCCAUCGGAGCUGCAGGUCUUUCUGCUGGUGCCAAAGCUGGGCUGACAGCUGCGCUGGGCGCAGCUGGUGCAGCAAGUGGUGAGUUGCUCUCUGAGUGAAAGAAUCCAAGUGACAAACCUAAAAAAGAAUAAAAACCCAAGUGACAAACCCAAGAGAAAGUAACUCAGAUGACAAACGUGAGGAGGAGACAACUGCAGACGAGAAAGCCAAGAGAAGCCAAGCAGGUUCCUGAUCCCAAGGCCUUGCCAUGCACAGUUGCAAAUGCUGGAAAACCCCCACAGACCCCUCAGGGCUUUGCCUCCCCUUUUAAAAGCUUUGGAUUCUUGUGAGCAGCGAUUUCCCUGAAGCCAAUAAAUGUGCUUUGCUGGCACCAGA